AUUCCCCAUAAAAUCUGCUUUUAUUGUGGAUGAAAGGGCAUUUAGACUUCCUGUGUACCCACGCACACUUGACACCGCGCUAUCAGGCUCGUAGUGCAGAUCAGUCUGCUGCCCAGGCGGGUACCGCGUCGUACCUGGCAGCCGCACACAGCGGUCAAUGGUCAAAAAUUACGGACAAUCCGCUUUACAUCCCAGCUUCUGUGUUUAUUUUCCCCUCCACCCCUCCUCCAUGCGACAGGUACCCUCUGCUAUCAGCACCUGUGUUCUCCUACCAGCGGGAUCAGAGGGGGUCCAGCGCGGGGCGAGAGAGUGAGGAGGACAGACCAGCAUGGACCCCCGGGUGAAGGACCACAGCAGCUCGGCGACAGGCGGCUUUAGCGGACGCCUUUCUUCUAUGGGGGCCGACGGGGGCGACUCAGAAUCCGGAGCCGGGUCUGAAGAGGCUGGGGGCUGCUGCAGCGACACGUUCAGUAGCCUGCCCGACAUGGAGCAAGAGAGUCUGGAGGAAAAACUGAGGGGACUUGCAUUCAGAAAACAAACCUCAUAUCGGAAAGCCAUCUCUCGCUCAGGACUCCAGCACCUGGGACCACCCCACCCUUCACUGCCCCCUGCCUCCAAUGGCCCCAACAAAGAGCUACGCACCAGUGUGGACUGGACGGAGAACGCUGUGAAUGGGGAUCACCUGUGGAUGGAGACCAGUUGUUCUGGAGAGAUGUGUUAUCUUGGAGAGGACUCUUGUCUACUCAAGACUGCGAAGUCGGCCCCCAGAAGGAAAUGUGCUGCUUGUAAGAUUGUUGUCCACACCGGCUGUAUAGAGCAGCUCGAAAAGAUCAAUUUUCGCUGUAAGCCAACAUUCAGAGAGGGAAGUUCUCGGUGCAUCAGAGACCAGAACGUCCUCAGACAUCACUGGGUUCAUAGACGGAGACAAGAGGGCAAGUGUAAACAGUGUGGAAAGAGUUUCCAACAAAAAUUCUUUCAUAGUAAAGAAAUCAUUGCCAUCAGCUGCUCAUGGUGUAAACAAGCUUUCCACAACAAAGUAACGUGUUUCAUGCUGCACCAGAUAGAGGAGCCGUGUUCACUAGGGGCCCAUGCUGGAGUCAUAGUACCGCCAUCAUGGAUUAUCAAAGUCAGAAAACCACAGAGCUCACUUAAGAACUCUGCCAGAAGGAAAAAGCGCACAUCUUUCAAACGAAGGACAAGUAAGAAGGGAUUGGAUGAAUCAAAAUGGCGGCCAUUUAUAUUGAAGCCUCUUCCUUCUCCUCUUAUGAAACCUAUUUUAGUUUUUGUGAAUCCCAAAAGUGGUGGUAACCAGGGUGCCAAGGUUUUGCAGAUGUUUAUGUGGAUCUUAAAUCCUCGACAAGUUUUUGACCUGUCGCAAGGAGGGCUACGAGAGGCGUUAGAGUUGUAUAGAAAAGUGCCAAAUCUUAGGAUUCUUGCCUGUGGAGGUGAUGGAACUGUGGGGUGGAUCCUGUCUGCUCUAGAUGAGUUACAGAUGAACCCACAACCUCCUGUCGCAGUUCUUCCUCUGGGAACAGGAAAUGACCUCGCCAGGACACUCAACUGGGGUGGAGGGUACACAGACGAGCCUGUUUCCAAAGUCCUUGGUCACGUGGAGGAUGGUUCAGUGGUGCAGCUGGACAGAUGGAACCUUCUAGUGGAGAAAAGCUCUGCACAACAAGAAGAGGGAAGUCAGAAGUUGCCACUCAAUGUUUUUAACAACUACUUCAGUUUGGGGUUUGAUGCCCAUGUCACGCUUGAAUUUCAUGAAUCCAGAGAGGCAAAUCCAGAAAAGUUUAAUAGUCGCUUCCGCAACAAAAUGUUCUAUGCAGGAGCUGCGUUUUCGGAUUUUCUGCAGAGAAGCUCCAGGGACCUGUCCAAGCACGUCAGAGUGGUGUGUGACGGCACAGAUUUGACUCCAAAGAUUCAAGAGCUGAAAUUCCAGUGCAUUGUGUUUCUUAACAUUCCAAGGUACUGUGCUGGGACUAUGCCCUGGGGUAACACGGGUGAUCAUCGGGACUUUGAACCUCAGCGACAUGAUGAUGGGUGUAUCGAAGUCAUUGGUUUCACCAUGGCCUCUCUGGCAGCGUUACAGGUUGGUGGACAUGGAGAGAGACUCCACCAGUGCAGAGAGGUUGUCUUAACUACCUACAAAACUGUUCCUGUUCAGGUGGACGGUGAGCCAUGCCGACUGGCACCAUCAACUCUGCGUAUCAGUCUUCGUAAUCAGGCCAACAUGGUCCAGAAGAGCAAGAGGCGCACCUCUGUGCCACUACUGAACGAUCAGCAUGCUGUCCCUGAUCGCCUGCGCCUGAGAGUGAAUCGAAUCAGCCUCCUGGAGUAUGACCGACUUCAAUACGACAAAGAGCGGCUACGGGACAUCUCUAUCCCAGUUGGCAUUGUGGUGGUGAGAGGGGACUGUGACCUGGAGACAUGCAGGCUUUACAUUGACAGAUUGCAAGAGGACUUGCACCAGGCGCCACCUACUGGCAACAGAGUGCACUAUCAGGAUGAGAGUCGAGGACUUCCCAGAACCAGUUCAGCCAGUAGACUUUCUCCUAACUGGAGCUUCUUGGAUUCUACAUCAGCAGAUCGUUUUUACCGCAUUGACAAAGCUCAGGAGCACCUUCACUUUGUAACUGAAAUUUGUCAGGACGAGGUGUUUAUCUUAGACCAUGAGGGGCCCAUCUUGAAUCAGGGAUCGUCAUCGGGAAUGCCUGAUCUUGUGGUGGAGCCUAUUGUUGGAUCUCCUUUGUCUCCAGAGGAACAAGCAUUAUUCACAGCUGCUAGUUCUGGGGAUCUUUCUAUGCUGAUGGAGUGUGUGCGUAACGGUGUGAGCUUGUUGGUUAGAAACUCUGGAGGCUGCUCAGCUUUGCACAUUGCAGCCCAGAAUGGACACACAGAACUAGUUACCUUCAUUCUACAACAAGGAUCUAAAGUGCUUCUGGAUUUAACAGACAGAGAGAGAGGGGACACUGCCUUGCACAAAGCAGCCUUAGGAAAGCAGCAUGCAGUGUGUCGAUUACUGGUAGAGGCCGGUGCUUCACUGGACAAAACCAACUUCCAGGGGAAAACACCAGCGGACCAAGCAGAAGGCGACUCUGAGCUUGCCACCUAUCUGAGCGGUCAGAAACUCACAUCACCCGCUCCCAAAGAAGACCUGGAGACUGCUGUCUGAGAACUCUAUUUGUGUCUAUGGACUCUGGGCACAACCACUGUGUCAAAGCUGAGAGCAAGCACUGUCCUCACUACACGGGGCAGAUCACUAUGGCAACACUGCAAUGGAGUUUAUUGACUAUUUAUUUGUACUUAUUUAUUCAUGUUCUAUUUAUUGUUAUAACGAGUGGUUGAUUGUAGGACUGUUCACAGUUCGGGAUGCAAGUGCACUUUGACCCUGCUGUCCCAGAAUUCCCUUAUCUUAUUAGAGAUGAAUUUAUAUUAUAACAUAUUCUAAUUUUGAAAGGGAUCAGACCUUGGAAUCCAACAGAACGGUUUGUUUUUACAACAAAAAUAUUUUAGGCAGGGUAAUAUGACCUGUUCAGUUAAAAAAUAAAAAGUAUAUUUGCUAACCUAUAUAAGUGCCAAAGACAUUGCACUGAUGUACUGUCAUACCAUAUCACUGUCCUUUUUAUUUAUUUUUCCUAGUCUGUGCAAUUAUUAAGUGAAAUACUACCAUUCAACAUUAGAAUUAACUGUAUUAUACAAAAGGCUUUACUUGUGCAGAAUAUGAAAGAUGAUUUAGCUUCCAAUUCUUCUUGCUUGCUUGCUUGUAUUUACCACAAGGCAUUCAGUCCCCUAUAUUUUGCACACAUUUUAGAUAUAACACAAGAAGUUAGCCUUAGUAUAAUGUAAUGAACAUAAAUUACAUAAUGGCAAUUAGGUAAGCAGGGUAAGUAUAUGAGUAGAAGUAGCAUUAAAGCAUUUAAUAUUCAUCUAGCUUUUAUUCAAUUUCACAUUCCUGUCGAGCUACCAUUGUUUUGUAAUCAGAUGCACUGACUACAGAAGAGAGCAGGGUCAUCACUCCAGUUGACUAAUGGUAAUUCUGUGUGCAUUUAAGCAUAUCCAUUAUUUGAGGACUGCUGACUUAACAUUUUCCUGUGUGUUAUCAAAUGGCCAACCAUAUCUACAAUGGAAAAGUCUUGUUCACUCUGUGCAACACAUUAAGUGUAUUUAAGUAUAAUUAAGUGUAUUUUUAUUUGUACAUACUAUAUGUUGGAGGCAUUUAUUUCAAAGUGAGAAAAGAAUCUGAGCCAUACUCAAUGCAAUAUGAAUGGACUAGGCCUUUUUUUCUUUGUUUACAUUACAUUAAUGUUUUACUUAUGUUAAAUGUUGACCAUUUAGCACUAAUGUGUAUUGAAUGUGCAAUUUUACUUACAUGCUGAUGUAUGAUUGAUUUGUUUUGUGUGCAUGUUAUGUUUUAUUGACCUCUCAAACAAGAUUUAUUUUGGCUAAAUUUUAUGUUGGCAACAUUGUUGGAGAAUAAUCUCUGUGCAUCUGAGAGAUCUGAACAGACAGAUGUUGCAAUUUAAGCCAGUAACAAAAGACACAAUUAUUCUAAUGGAUUUGCCCCACUGGAAACUAUAGGCCUUUUAAUUUUAGCUUUGUGUUUUCUAUUUCAGUCAGUAUCUUCCUUUGUGUUUGAAAUGCACCAAAUGUGUGAAUCUGCACUCAAUGAAGAACAAAACAUCUGUAUGUAAGCUUUUGUGAACUAUAUGCUCAUCACUCUUUCAAACAUAACUUACUGUAUUGGUUUGUGUCGUCAAUAGAGUUGGUUUUGCAUGGCAUUUUAUUACCUCCUUCAGAGGUCCCUCUGAAGUAUGACAUUAAUGUUGUUUUAACUAUUAAUCAAAUCUGAGUUCAAUGGUUUAUAACUGAUAGUUGUCUUAGUUUUGAAAAGUGUUUUAUUUUGGCCAUUCUUGUCUUAUAUUUUCGUUGAUGAUGACAAAAUUACUUGAACUAUGUUGUUAUAUUUUCUUAACUUGUAAAUGAACAUGUGAUGCUGUU